UUAGACGCUUGAAAUAAAUGUCAUUCUUGAAAAUGCAAGCAAAUCGAAAGAACCUGAUGUUAAACGCUCAAUAUUAUUAAUAACUAUAGCAAAGAUAAGGACUGUUUCUAGGAUCAGAUAGAAGAGAACAAAGCAAUUCACAAUGUCUGAGGCAGCAGGCACGGGCACACCGUCAGAACUUGCUACCAGCGAAAUGCCGGUCUCCGAGCCCGACGCGGAGGGAGGAGAGGCUGAGCCAGAGAAAAUACCAUCGUUCCCUCCAUACCCGCCGUAUGCGACGGAGGUAGCACCACCGUCAGUGGCAGAGGCAAUCAUCGCUGGCCAUGGCCUGAGGGUGCAACACAAGUCCAUCCCACGCAAAUCUAUAAAACCUCUUCCGAAGCCAGCUAGACCCAGAGGUCCCAAAGCAACGGAUGUGAAGAUGACGAAAGCUGAAUUUCGAGCACACGCCCGCUGUCUACGCAAACAUGGCGCGAUCCUCACGGACCGACUCGAGCGCAUGUCGAAGCCGGCCCGACGCACCAUCAUAUACCUGUGGCGGGAACACGCUCACACGCUGCCUCCCGAAACGAUUGCUCGUCUACGAUCAAUGUUAGACGCAGACGAACCAUUCAAGCCGGAUCAGGCGUAUGAAUAUUUUAUCAACUUGAGAAAAACUCAGAAGAGAAUUGCUGCCACAUCACACGUCAAUGACAUUAAGAAAGAUAUGUUGGCUAUGGUCGGUGAAAAAAGAUUCGUUUGGGCAAAAAACGCUACUGUGGCAUUUGCUAGAGGCAUCCAACAACGAUUGUCCAGACCUGGGCGGUAUGCACUCGCUGAUGGAAUGUUAAGAUUGUCCAACAUUAUCCUGGAUGAAAUUUGCGGUUAUAUGCACAUGAAAACUCCUUCACGGCGAAAUACGCAUCCUAAAGCGAAGUUCAUGAUGGAGAUAUCUGACAAGGUAGCCGUUUGGAUAGACGAAAUUCUAUCAGAAUCAGAUGAUAGGAUGCUAAUGAUGGACUUCGAUGAAGACGACGACGUACUACGUUCGAAAGGAGAUGGUGAUGGUUUUACGGAUGAUUUCCUCGAUAUGAUGGGUUUUGGUGAAGGCGGCCGCUUUCUAAACUUGGAUCGUCCUGCGCAUACAAAAUUUUCAGGAAAAAUGAGGGACGCCUUCGAUACACUGACAAAUGAAAUGGAACGGAAAGGCAAUACGAAACUGAUUUCACAUGGAAAAGACUUCACUUACCAAGAGGCGGCUAAAGCGUUAAAAGCAACUAACAAUUUUAGAGCUACUGAAUACAUUGUAAGUGUUGCAAAAGAAAUUAAUGGCAAACUGACAGAACUUGUAAAGAACGUCACUCCACCUAAACUCGCCAGGUCUAUGAAAGAUGUGAUUGAAAUCUCCUCGAAUUACUUAGCACAAGAUGCAGAAUUUAAUAAGAAAAAAGGCACAGCCUUUCAAAAACUAAAAGAUGCCAUGAAGAACAAAGGAAAUAAUAUAAUGUAUAGCAGGGGUCCAAUUAACCGUACUUACGCUCAAGCAGCUCAACAACUUGAACGAGCUAAAGGUCUGGAAACAGAUCACGAUGAUCCCAACCUAUCGCAGGAGAUACAUGCGAAAAUGACAGAGUUGGUACAGGGCCAGAUUCCAGAAGCUAUGAAAAAGGAGAUGGAGGAAACGGUGGACAUGUCUUCAAAAUAUUUAUCUCAGAAAGUCGUCGAUGAUAACGAACGUGGUCCAGCAUUUGACUAUAUAGUCAAAACUCUGAAUAAACAUGGAGAUCAGCCUUUCACUGAUAUUUUUCCUCUCACUACGAGGAGUGCAACUGGACAUAUCUUGCAAACAGCACCCGAACUUUGGAACGCGAAACCUGAUCCUGCGACUGUGGAUAAAAUAAAAGUAGCACUGCACAAUGCUGUAGACCCAAACACACCCAAUCAGAUGGUUGAAGAUGUGAACCGUGUAAUUGAACAAAGUGCUAAUUACUUGUCCGCUUUCGUUCGUGAUAGAGGUUCCGCGAUGGACCUAUUAUUAGAUAUGAUGAAGAAAAAACCAACAAAAGUGUUUUCAACAAGAAAUAAUUAUACGUUGAACUAUGGGCAAGCAGCACAGGAUAUUCAAGAAGCACCAGACCUCGUCACACAUUUGCACAUAAAGGAUAUUGCUGACGAAGGCAAAGCUAAUUUAAUGAAAGACAUUCAAAAUGAAACUCCAGCUGCAUUGCAGGAACCAAUGACAGCAUUGGUGAAAGACGUCUCCAAAUAUCUUUCCCAGAUGGUGGCCUUGCGAAGUGGAAUAGCCGGCGAUAGAUAUCCAAAACAUUUGUUGGCUUCUAUGAAAAAAACUAUGGGAAGUAAACCGCUUUACAAGUACAAGUCUUUCGGACAAAGUUACGGUGAAGCGGCAGAUGUUUUGCAACACGAGGGCCCCGCAUUUACGCCAGAGUCACUGCUACAACCAGGGUUGAUGCAACAGCCAGCACCGGUGCAGCAGCCAGGAUCUAAGCAACAGCCAGCAUCUGUGCAACAGCCAGCAUCUGUGCAACAGCCAGCAUCCGUGCAACAGCCAGCAUCCGCGCAACAGCCAGCAUCAGUGCAACAGCAGCCAGCAUCGGUGCAACAACCAGCAUCCGCGCAACAGCCAGCAUCCGCGCAACAGCCAGCAUCAGUGCAACAGCAGCCAGCAUCCGUGCAACAACCAGCAUCCGCGCAACAGCCAGCAUCCGCGCAACAGCCAGCAUCCGCGCAACAGCCAGCUUCAAUGCAACAGCAACCAGCAUCCGUGCAACAACCAGCAUCCGCGCAACAGGCAGCAUCCGCGCAACAGCCACCAUCCGCGCAACAGCCAGCAUCCGCGCAACAGCCAGCAUCCGUACAACAGCCAGCACCAGCGUCAAAUGUGGUUCAACAACCUCUCUCAGAAUCCAAAACGGCGUUCGCGUUAUCGCAAGGAGUGUCUAUAAAUGAAAUACAUCCAACAAAAUCAACCAAAGAGUUAGGUCAUGAAAUUGCUUCCGAAAUGAAGAGAACCUUACCAAAGCAAAUAGCUCCAAAUGUUGCUGAAGGAUUGGAAGAUACAAUUGACAAAGCUGCUACGCAAUUAGCGAAACACGCGACUGGACAAGGAAAAGCACUGGAACAUUUGACGGGUCUAAUGAAAACGAAGGGAAACGAAACCCUUGCCACAUUGCAAGGAUACAAUCAGACUUACACUGAUGCAGCAAAAAGAUUGGAGUAUGCUCCAACUUUAGAUAAUGAAAAGGUCGACAAAAUAGCUUACGAAGCCGUGAAAGCUAAACUCACCAACUUGACUAAGGGCAAACCAGCUGAUGAAAAGGUUGCAAAAUAUAUACCAGGCAAGCUUAUGCAUGCUCCAGCUGGUGCCAGUAAAGCUCAUAAUGAGCAGAAGGAAAAAGAAAUGUUGCAGAAAAUUGAAUCUGUCUUACCAAAUAAAAAUAUGGCUGCCGCAUUCGAAGGCCAAGCAAUGGAAGUAUUACAAGAUAGUUUGAAGAAAGAAAAGGAUAAAAGGUUUCUUGAUGUUGGAGAUUUCAAGAAAAAUCAAGGAGAAGUAGCGGAAAUGUUGAAAAACGCACCAAAUUUACAAGGUGCAAAAGCUUCACCGGUUUUGUUGGAAAACGUUGAAUACAAACUCGACGUACUGUCCAAACAGGUGCCAGCAGAUAAACCACUAGCUAACCAACAUAUGAAAGGUUAG